GCCCGCGGAAACACGCUCAGUGACACCGGCUCCGUCGACAUGGGCGCGACUAGAGAAUAUUUUAAGGAUCAAUUUAGUGUGAAUAAACUCACUUUGGAUCAUGGGAAUGCUUCGGAGUUCUACGUGGGCUGGUGGCAGACUGGCCAGUCGGCGGUGCACCUGCUGUGCCUCAGGCUGAUUCUGUUCCUGGGAUGCAUCGGCAUCUUCACCACAUCCUUGGUCAUGACGUCAGAGGCAUUCAGCCUGAACUACUGGGCGAUCUACAUGACGCACUGGGGAGUGUUCAUGAUCAUGGUGACCAGUGGGCUGGCCUUCAUGGUGUCACUAAUUGCCUGCAUCAACGGAGAUAUAGAUGCUGAUUUCGGUUUGCCAUGGUACGUGAGGGUCUACUGGGCUUCCCUCGUCAUUACGGUGCCCGUGGCCUACUUCAUCACAAUAUUCUACUACUCUUUCUUGACAGCUUUGGGCAAGUUUUUGUUUAAGAAUUACACCUUUAACUUUAGCUCCUACAGUAAACUUGUAGUAACUUUUCUCUGACUCUUAAUUUGUCUU